AGUAUUUAUUUGAGGGAAGAACGCUCACCUGUUACUCUGCUCACCUGCCUCUCCAGCACACACAUCUCCUCUCACUCUGUGCAGAAUGAGGGUCCUGCUCGCUGUGGCCGCUCUGCUGGUCGGUGUUGUCAGCGCCUCUCUGGAGGAUCUGGAAUUCCAGGAAUGGAAGCUGAAGUUUGGUAAGAAGUAUCAUUUAAUGGAAGAAGAGUCUCAGCGUAAGAUGAACUGGAUGACCAAUCGUAAGCUGGUCCUGGAGCACAACAUGCUGGCUGAUCAGGGCCUCAAAACCUACAGACUUGGCAUGAACCACUUUGCAGACAUGGACAACCAGGAGUACAGGCAAAUGCUGAAGGGAUUCUUCAACAGAAACAAGGCCCACAAUGCAACUACAUUCCUCCAAAAGACAGAGGGCUCUGCUGCUGCUCUGCCUGAUACUGUAGACUGGAGGACCAGUGGCUAUGUGACCGGAGUGAAAACCCAGGGGAUAUGUGGAUCCUGCUGGGCCUUCAGUGUGACAGGGGCUCUAGAAGGUCAGAUGUUCAGGAAGACAGGACGCCUGGUGUCCCUCAGCGAGCAGCAGCUGGUGGACUGCACCACCAGGAACUUUGGAUGUGAUGGCGGAUAUUUAGACAGAGCAUUUGAUUAUGUGAUGAAAAAUGGAGGACUGGACACUGAGGCUUCAUACCCCUAUGAGGACAGGCAGUGGAAAUGCAGGUUUAAUCCUAAAACAGUGGGAGCCACUUGCACUGGCUAUAGGUCCACAAGAUCUGGAGAUGAGAAGGCAUUACAGGAAGCCGUGGCCACCAUCGGACCCAUUUCUGUGGUCAUAGACGCUGGACAAGUUUCCUUUCAACAAUAUACAUCAGGUGUCUACAACGAGCCUCACUGCAGCAGCGGUAAAUACCAUGCCGUCCUGGUUGUUGGUUAUGGAACUGAGAAUGGACAGGACUACUGGCUGGUCAAGAACAGCUGGGGUACUCUCUGGGGUGAAAAUGGGUACAUCAAGAUGUCCAGGAACAAGUAUAAUCAGUGUGGUAUCGCCACAGAACCCUAUUACCCACUGGUCUAAAGGUAUAGCCAUGAUUCUGUCCUGUUGGCCAUACCUGAUUGGCUGAAUGUGCCGCCUGUUCCUGAUUUUGCAUGAGGGUCACUUUGUAUCCUAAAAUAUGUAUCUGACCCCUUUGCUUUCUUUGAGGUGGCCGAUGCCAAACAAAUUUUAAUACAUCUUUUAAUACAGUGAUUUUUAUUACCACAGGAUUAUCUUCAAAAAUAAAUAAUUGUUUCAUUGUUGUUUCAACACAAAAUCAUUGCUACUCCUAAAAUAAUAUAUCGUACACUAUUGUACUAAUUUUCUCAACACAGAACAAUAUUAAAUGUUUCAGUAACACAGACAAUUUGUAAAGCUUUUAAACUCCAGUUAUAAACCUUGUAAAUGUGCUCUGACUAUAGCCCUAUCUGUACGGGAUUAAUUUCUCAGAUGGUCCUGUUGGUCCUAAUUUUCUCUUUUAUGGGGGGUCCUCUGUUAUUUUAUUCCCGUCCGGAACAACCAUGUACAUGUUUUUCUCAGAAGUUUUUCUAAAAAAAUUACAAAGUAUCCAAAGUAUUUUUUAACCUAAUGAACCCUAAUGCAAAUUAACUCUUCAAUUAGAACCAGAUAAAUGUUUUUCACUGGUUGCAAUGUUGACAGAUUGCAGAUUGGCAUAUCUCCAUUUUAAAAAUGUGUACACAUUUGCAUUAAUAUUAAGGGGACAACAGUCAAAGAUAGAUAGAUAGAUAACUGCUAUUUUGCAAAUGCCUUAUCAAGGUAUUAGAACUUGAGAUGUAUAAGCUUAAGCACAUUUAAGGUAUAGACAUAUAUAUAAUUUUCUUUUUUGAUCAUUUUUCUUUUAGCGCCAAAAAUGUUUUUGUUUGAUUAUUCUUUAAUAAAUCUGGCAAAAGCA